AUGGAGUCGGGCGCACUUGUGACCGACAAGAUUGUCGUCGGUAUCAUUAAGGACGACAUCAAGACUCGACAAGAUGUUGACAAAGGAAAAGACCUCGGUCAACGCGUGCACUUGGCUAGUGGCCGCAGUAACCAUGUCAAGUUUGCUCCGCCGAAUGUGGACGGCAAGGAAGACAUUACGGGCGAGCCGUUAAUUUAG